AUGUUGUUUUUCAGUUUCUUCAAAACAUUGGUAGAUCAAGAAGUUACAGUGGAGUUAAAGAAUGAUAUGGAAAUAAAAGGAACUUUAAAAUCGGUGGAUCAAUUUUUAAACUUGAAAUUAGAUAAUAUAACAUGUACGAAUAGUGAACAAUAUCCUUAUUUAGAUGCCGUGAAAAAUUUAUUCAUAAGAGGUUCCACUGUGCGUUAUGUUCAUAUGAAUCCAAAUAGUGUGGAUUGCACCUUAUUACAGGAUGCAUCAAGAAGAGAGGCUAUGGUUCAAGCAAGCAAAUGA